GAAAUAGGGAGCCUUAUCAUGAAUUAGAUACGUUAACGCCCAUAGUCUUAUUUAUAGCCCACAAGAUGACCAUUUGGGAUAAAAACUAGUGGUUUAUCUACAACAUCUGAGUCAUCAUCUGGACGACCACCUUCUGCUGCGUUGUGUUCUUCUAAACACAGAAAGAGCCAUCUACACCUCUCUGUCAGACUCAGUGUGUGUGUGUGUGUGUGUGUGUGUGUGUGAGAGAGAGAGAGAGAGAGAGAGCAAAUGGGUAAGGGAGGAAUGUCACAUGGGAAUGCAGGAGAAGCCAAAGAUGGUGAAGAAGAGAACAUGGCUGCUUGGCUUCUUGGUAUCAACACCCUCAAGAUUCAGCCUUUCAAGCUUCCUCCUCUUGGACCACAUGAUGUUAAAAUUAGGAUGAAAGCUGUUGGUAUCUGUGCCAGUGAUGUUCACUACCUCAAGACCUUGAGAUGUGCAGAUUUUAUAGUUAAAGAACCCAUGGUAAUUGGGCAUGAAUGUGCUGGGAUCAUAGAGGAAGUUGGGAGUGAGGUGAAGAAGCUGGUGCCUGGUGACCGCGUGGCAUUGGAGCCAGGGAUCAGUUGCUGGCGAUGCAACCUUUGCAAGGAAGGUCGGUACAAUCUGUGCCCGGAUAUGAAGUCUUUCGCCACUCCACCUGUCCAUGGUUCUCUUGCAAAUCAGGUGGUUCAUCCUGCAGACCUAUGCUUUAAACUGCCAGACAAUGUCAGCCUGGAGGAAGGGGCUAUGUGUGAACCCUUAAGUGUUGGUGUUCAUGCUUGCCGACGAGCAAAUAUUGGUCCUGAAACAAAUGUUUUGGUCAUGGGAGCUGGACCCAUGGGGCUUGUUACAACGCUAGCAGCUCGUGCUUUUGGGGCACCCAGAAUUGUUAUCGUGGAUGUGGAUGAUCACCGUUUAGCUGUGGCAAAAGAGCUUGGUGCAGAUGAGAUUGUUAAAGUUUCACCAAAUAUUCAGGAUGUUGCUGAAGAAGUAUCACAGAUACAAAAAGCUAUGGAAGCUGGAGUCGAUGUGAGUUUUGAUUGUGCAGGCUUCAACAAAACCACGUCAACAGCACUGAGCGCCACUCGUGCAGGUGGAAAAGUUUGCCUUGUGGGAAUUGGUCAUGGUGAGAUGACUAUCCCACUCACUCCAGCUGCUGUGAGGGAGGUUGAUGUGGUUGGCAUCAUCCGUUAUAAGAACACAUGGCCGCUAUGCCUUGAGUUUAUAAGUAGUGGUAAGAUCGACGUGAAGCCCGUUAUAACCCACAGGUUUGGGUUCUCUCAGAAAGAGGUGGAAGAAGCCUUUGAAACUAGUGCUGGUGGUGGUAAUGCAAUUAAGGUCAUGUUUAAUCUAUAAAGUCUGCCAUUGCCUAUGGGAUUAUGGGACCGGCUUUGCAUGAACAUAGAACUCAGUUUAC